AUGCCGCUCGUACCUGGCCUCAUCGAAUUACACAAGUACGGUAUUCUCACAUGCAAUUCCCAGCCAUUCGAGAAGUCCAGCGAAUUCAUCACCGGCAAGGGCUGGGUCCAGAAGCGACAGCGACCUUAUCUGCACUUCAUGCUCCCGACAUUACACCCGGAUAUCGACAUUGAGAGUGUUGAUGAUCUCAUCGAGAGCCUUUUCGCUGAUAGAAGCAUCCUUGUAUCUGUAUACUCAGAAUGCGACGAGUACGACAGAACAAUCACAAGCGAUAUCAGAUUUCGCUGGAGAGUCGCCCCAUUGACCACUGGUCGAGACUGCGAUACCUACCUCUUCCGUACAAACGCGCAUUGGAACAAAGAGACUGUUACUAUAUGCCGCCAAGCGAAAACUUCCAAAGGCUUGUUGAAGAAAGCCUGGCAAGAAUGUACCUUCUUCCCAUACACCUCCGCGGCUUUCUUGACGCCUCACACGAAUCAGUGCGGUAGCGCAAAAGACGGCAGCAACUUCGAGGCUGCCGUAGCCAUGAGGCCCGUAGCAAUCGGUAUAAUGGCACGGAAGUGGGGCGCGGAUAUCAAUCUCCAGGACCUCUUGCUACGGCAUUGCAAAAGGAUGGCAUUGACGAGUGUGCUGAAAGUUGAAUCGAGGAUUGGACGGCAGCACAUGAACUCGGACGGUCAAGGUAGUUCGGGAUGCUCAGAGUAA